AGUGCAUUUCAUGUAAUAUUUGUUUACUUUCAUCAACACGGUUCGUCAGAAACAAUGGACCACAUUAUCACCCUUCUUCUUUUUUCUAUAUAUAUAAUUAUUAUUGUAAGCUUGAAUUUAUAUCUGGUAGAGUUUUGCCACUUUAAGUACCUCAAAACUCUAGAAGACAGGAAGAUAAGAGUUUAAAAAAAAAAAUUAGUUAGCUACUUAAAUCAAAUCUUAACUUUUAGUGUUAUUUUCUUUUCUAAUCCCGGAAGUGUGUCCUUUUCACUAACCGGUCAUCAGUUUGAAAGAUAAAACUUUAUAUGUCCUAAGAAUCAAUAAAUUCUGGCGAAGAAAAUAUAUAGAUAUGUAAACUUAACCUCAGAGUACAGAUUUCUUUGCAGUAUAGGCUUUAAAAGAAAAGAGAUAUGUAACAUUUUAUUCCGAUAAAUUAUUAUAUAACUUCUAGUAUAUUCAAUUUUUUUAAAAAAAAAAUCUUAUAAAAAUUAGAGAAAAACAAAACAAAAAGUAUACUUCAAUCUUCCCUUGACAAUUACACCUUCUUUUCACACCAGCUCAUAAAUUAAUUAAGAUAUCUCUUCUUCUUCAUCCUCUCUGUCUUCUCCUCUUUUCCAAAGAAACCUCUCUUUAUUUAUAAGUAACCCUAAAACAACUCUUACUUUCUUUACGUCACCAAGACUUCGAUCCCAAUAAUGGACCGACGUAACCCUUUUCACCAUCACGACCAUCAACUUUAUCAGUUGAUCCAACAGCAACAGCUCCCUCCACCGCCGCAGAGCACGACGGUUGCGAUGGAUCUCGGUGGAGGAGGUGAGAGAAUCCCACAGUGGAGCAUAGAUGAGACAAAGGAGCUUUUGGGUAUAAGAGAAGAGCUAGAUCAGACUUUCAUGGAAACCAAACGUAAUAAGCUACUUUGGGAAGUCGUCGUCGCUAAAAUGGCCGACAAGGGUUUUGCUCGGAGCGCGGAACAGUGUAAGAGCAAGUGGAAGAACCUCGUCUCUAGAUACAAGGUGUGUGAAACGACUGAGCCAGAACCUAUUAGGCAGCAAUUCCCAUUUUACAACGAGAUCCAAUCGAUUUUCACAGCAAGAAUGCAAAGAAUGUUGUGGUCAGAACCAAGAACUUCUUCUAAGAGAAAACAUAAUCAGUUCUCAUCUGACGAAGAAGUAGAAGAAGUCGCGGAGCUAAAUCAAGACAUCAACAAGGAAUUAUUGUCUUUCGUCGAGACACAGAAGAAAGAUACAGAAGUGAUUACUACAAGUACUUUUACUAAUCCCAAAAAACGUGCGAAAAAAGGAAAAGGCACUAGCAAAGCUGAAACCGCGGGUAGUACAUUGAAAGAAAUGUUGGAGGACUUUAUGAGGCAAACGGUGAAGAUGGAGAAAGAAUGGAGAGAUGCAUGGGAGAUGAAGGCGAGAGAGAAGGAGAAGAGAGAGAAAGAGUGGCAGAGGAGAAUGGCGGAGCUAGAGGAGGAGAGAGCCGCCGCGGAGAGGAGGUGGAUGGAGAGAGAGGAUGAGAGACGGCUGAGAGAGGAAGCUAGGGCUCAGAAGAGAGAUACUCUCAUUGAUGUUUUGCUUAAUCAGCUUAACAGAGAUCAAGAUGAUGAUCAACAUCAAGGCUUCUAAUUUUUUAUAUUUUGUUUAAGCAUAUGGGUUAAUUAUAGCUAGUUCCUUAAUUAGCUACUUAAAUCUCAUUAAAAUCAUAUCUAAUUAAUGUUUGUUUUCUUUAUAGUAUGAGUAACUGGUUAUUGAGAACGACAAAUCAAAAUGAUAUAUGUCAUGGUAUGGUUCUUUUUUACUUGAACUCAACCAUAUUCGAUCGGAUUAAAUUUCUUGUUUGCUCAGGUAAUUUCUUAUAGGUGUUCAAAAUCAAAUUGGUUUAGUAUUUUUUGCUACUUUAGUCUGCUUAUAAAACCCCCCAUAAUUUUUAAUCACUCGAUAAACAAAAUUAAACUAGACAAAAGUCUUCGUUCUCAAUUCACAUUUGUCCCACUUCACCGCGUUAUUUGUGAUCAUAUAUAUAUAUAUUAUAUAUAUAAUAUAUAUCCUAUUUUCUAUAAGCAGCUAUUUGAGUUAUGGAUUUGAUUUCUUUCUUUUCUGCGGUUGCAAGAGACAGCUGCCAAAUGUUAGAAAAAAAAAACAGCUACCAAGCAGAUCGCAACAUAGUUAAAACCGUGUCAGUUGGAUAGAAGAAGUAGAACCUUAGGAUUAGUAAGCACUAAAAGAUCCACUCGUACAAACUUUCAUGUAUCGCUUUUGCGCUUUCUUAAUUGAUUUUUACUAAAUAUUUUUUUUCUGGUAGAUUAGAUCAAAUAUUUAUAAUUUGAAGUUUAAAUAAGUUAGAGUGGGAAAAUAACAUGUGAACCCCAAACAAGAAAGCAGAAACAUACAAAAAAACGUCAAAGAAGUAACGUUAGAAGGAGACCAUAAUUUGCAUGUGAAAUA